AUGGAUCGUGUGGAGAAGAUAAUGGAUAUGGUCCUGAAGAUGGAUUUUAUCGAGGAGACAUUUUCUGACAUUGCUGUUCAACGACCAGAUAUUGAAGAAAAUAAAUUGAAAGAUUAUCAUGAUAAAGUCGAAACAUUUUUCAGUCAGCAGACUCCUGAAUGCAAAGAAGCAGCAUUAUCAAUGUAUAUAUCACGAUGUAGUGAAGCUAACUAUCAUCAAUUGACAGUUUUAUAUCAGACGCUGGAUCUUUUAGUGAAAGCAAAUAUUCUCAGUUCCAGAAGCGUUUGUGAGCAAAUUUUGGGUUCCGAAAAGUUGGAUUAUAAACAAGAAUUGUUUUUUGUCGAAUCGUUUAAAAUGAUAAAACGAUUGAUUGGAGGUGUUGAUUAUAAAGGAGUUCGAGAAAUUAUGAAACAGUGUCGAGAAAAGGUUAACAAUUUUCCAGUUGCAUUAUCCACAAGUGUUUUGAAUCAAAUAACAUCUGUUGCUGAUGUUCUGAAAUAUAUUUUUGAUCGUAAGGCAUGCUUAUUGCCAGCAUAUUUCAUUAUCACUGAAUUACAGAAACAAGAAAAUGCAGAUGUCCACUGGAAAAUUUCAACAUUAACAUCAAAUUUCAUCGAAGAAUUUACAGGAUUAGCACAAAUGUUGUCAAUUAUUGGUCAUUCAUCAAUGUUGCCAAUUUUAGAACCAGCCUCUGCAUCUGGAUAUGGUGACACAACCAAUCCAUGGCGACUGGAUCCAAAUUUAAAAUUCACAACGCUCAAAGGGAAUCUUCCUUACGAUGCUGAAUUAACACAGCCUCAAGUUGGACUUUUACGCUAUGUUCUGCAACAAUUGUAUUCUAAGGAAAUGGUCUGUUCAAUGUUAAAUUUGCAAAAGCAGAGAUCAGCCGUUUUAGAGGAGCAAUUAGUAUGGAUGAUUGUUCAUGCCAUGGAAAAGAGUGAGCAAGAAAGUAAUUCAGAAUCAAAAAUUGAUCCCCAUGACUCAACACCCUCACAUAAGGAAUGGUUAUGGCUUCACUUUUCUUCACAACUUAUUUAUUUUGUGUUAUUUCAAUGCGCCACGUUUCCAAAUAUUGUCAAUGAAUUACAUGAAAAAUUAUCAUCAACGAAUUUACGCAAAGGACGAGAUGAUUUAAUGUGGGCAUUAUUACAGUACAUAAGUGGAAGUAUCCAGAGAAAUGCAUUAUCAAACUUCCUCCCAGUUUUGAAACUUUAUGAAAUUUUGUAUAAUGAAAAAGAACCACUGCCUGUUCCAGAUGUUAAGCAUCCAUCAAGCACCAAAAAAAUUGCAGCAACAUGCAUUUACAUACAUUUAUUAAAGAAGGCACAACUUGAGAAUAUAGCGAUAAGGCCUAUUCCGAUUGCACUACGAAAACAUUAUGAAUUUUUGCAACAAUUGUCUGCAUCUCCCAAUUUGACUAUCGGAGAUGAUUAUAUCGUAACAUUACUAUGCAACGCAUACUCAACAAAUCAAGAAUAUUUUUCACGACCUAUGACAACUUUAAUAGAUACAAUUUUGCUAAAUAACAAACCACAAACUCAAGCAAAUCAACAAGCACUUACAACAGCACCAUUGUCAAUGAUCUUCUUAGACUCUUUGACAGUCCACUCCAAAAUGAGCAUUAUUCAUUGUGUUGUUAAUAAUUUGAUGAAACAAGCAGAAGCUAAAGGAACUAUGGUUUCAAACAUGACACCAUCACAUGUAGCUCCAGCAUUAGUUGAGACAUAUUCACGCCUAUUGGUCUAUACGGAAAUUGAAUCACUUGGAAUUAAAGGAUUUUUAUCGCGUCUCCUUCCGACUGUCUGUAAAUCAAAUGCGUGGAGUAUUUUGUAUACUUUACUGGAAAUGUUUUCCUACAGACUAUUUCACAUUCAGGCACAUUAUCGUUCACAACUUCUUCUUCAGCUUCACAAUUUAACACAAAAUUCUCACAUAAAUUCAGCUCAACUUCAUUUAUGCUUUGAAUCAACAGCUCUUCGACUUUUGACUGGACUUGGUAGUGCUGAGUUUCAAUUCCAACUUUCCCGUUUCUUCACAGAACCCAAAAACUUGUCAUCAAUCGUAUCUAAUGACAAUGAGGAAUUAAAUCGUGUUUUAAUAUUGACAAUGGCACGUUCUAUUCAUAUUACUGGAAUGGGAGAUGUUAGAAUAACAAGUGGUGACGGUGGUGGAAACAACAUGUAUCUAAUGGAUUUACUGCAAAUGGUCAUGAAAAAUACACCACACUCUUGGGCACAACAUACUCGAGUAUGCUUUCCAAAAGUAUUGUCAGAAUUUUAUGCAAAUCAUAAUGUUCCAGUUGAGGAUAAACAAAUGCUGAAGAAGUCAAUUGAGGAAGAAUACAGAAACUUUAUGUCGAUGAGUAAUGAGAAUGAUACAAUAUCAUAUUUCAGCCAGCGACCAUUAUUCUUAUGUCUUCUCUUCAAAUUAAUCUCUGACACUGGAGAAAUUAGUCCAAUUGCAUACAAAGUUUUAGAAAGAAUUGGCGCAAGACUAUUUUCUGCACAACUCAGAACAUUGUGUGACUUCUUGCUUUUUGAAGUGAUGCGCCGCAGUGAAAUUCCAAAACUGGUAGAUUCAAUGAAUGACAUGAUCUGGAAAUGGAAUAUUGUAACAAUUGAUCGUCUCGUAUUGUGCUUGGCUCUAAGAACACAAGAACAAAACCAAGUUGAGAUGCCAACUGCACAAGUAUUUGUCAUUCAAUUAUUGCUUAUUAAAAACUCACACUUUCGGGAUCGUGUAAUUAAGUUUGUAGAAAGCAAUUCACCAGAAUAUUGGAAGCAAUCAAACUGGCAUGAAAAGCAUGCAGCCUUCCAUAAUGAAUAUCCAGAAAAAUUUGCACCUGAUGAACAUUCUCAAGUAUUGCCUGUUUACUUUGGAAAUGUUUGUCUAAGAUUUUUACCGGUACUUGAUAUUGUCAUUCAUCGAUAUUUGGAAAUGUCAGUUGAAACAACAGCACCUCUGGAAUCAAUUUUAAAAACACUUGGAUGUCUAUAUAAAUUCCAUGAUCGCCCAAUCACUUAUCUCUACAAUACAUUAUUCUACUAUGAGGCAAAACUUCGUGAUCGUUUGUAUUUAAAGAAGGUGAUAGUCAGCACAAUCAUUUUAUCAUUAAAGGAUGUUCGUGAAAAAAGUUGGGCUCUUACAGAACAGUAUCAAAUUUACGUCAAAAAUACCCUCCAAGAUGAUUCAUCAAGCAUGAUUAAGUGGGUUCCUGAUUUGAGCUAUUAUAUGUCACUUGUUAAGCGUCUCAUAGAAACAAUUGAAGGAGGAAACAUCUUUCCCAAUGUGGAUUGGCGAUUCAACGAGUUUCCUAAUCCACCAACUCAUGCUUUAUAUGUAACGGCAGUUGAACUUCUUGGACUUCCAGUUUUGCCACAUACUGCUGCAAAUCUCUUAUUUGAUGUCAUCGUAAAAGGUUUAGUAGUAAUUUCAUAUCAGCACAUUCAUACAUGGAUUAAUGCUAUUGGAUUGAUAACUGCAGCUCUUCCUGAAUCAUAUUGGUCAGUAAUAUAUGAUCGUCUUGAAGAGAUAAUCUGUCAUCCACAAAUGAAGGAAUGGACUUAUCGUCAGUCCCCAUUUGACAUGUUUAAUUUUAAUACAGUAAAAUGCGCACUUUUGGAUCACAAAUUUGUUAUGCAUUUGGCAAUAGCUCAUUCAAUAUUCCACCAUUUUAAUAUUGGCCAAACCUCAAAAAUUGUGACAUAUAUUAAGGAAAAAUUAGUGCCACAUAUUAGAACAGAAUAUCAGUUACUUUAUCUCCAUCAUAUUGUUGGACCAUUCCUACAACGUCUUGAUCCAAAAGACGUCAUUGAAAUAACAAAAGUGUACUAUGAGCUUCUAGAGCUCGUCGAUAAAAAUAUUGGAGAGGAAAACAAUUUGGAAUUUAUGGAUCCAAUUUGCGAUAUGCUUUACCACAUUAAGUACAUGUUUGUUGGUGACUCAAUGAAGACUGAUUUAGAACCGAUUAUCAAGAGACUAAGUAAUCCACUGAAAUCAAGAUUAAGAUUCAUUACAAGACUCGGAGUCGAGGAAAUCAAAACAGAAGUAAAACCACCUGUUGUUGCUACUGCCGCUGAGCAAAGUCCUAUGAUGAGAGCUCAACAUCAGCCCAUGCCACAACAGCAGCAACAGAAAAUUGCUAGAAUUUAA